CGCAAAUUUUAAUCUCUACGAAGGCCUCAUGCUCCGUAUGAAGAGCUAUAAACGGAGAACUCUCCUUCAUUGUUCUCCGGGCCCUUCGUCUCUGCAGAUUUUCAUCGAUCCUCUCUCCCCACACGAGAGCGAUUGUUGACUAAAAGAAACUAGAACUGCUUCAUCUUCUUGGGUUUUCCCUAUAUUCAUAUUUACUCCCAUAGGAUUCACUGUUUAAAUCGCGCCAUUAAACCAUAUAAGCGCGCUUUCUAUAGAUAAAUUUGGCGCCAAUUUUGUAUCUGGGUGGGUGAGAAAGAGGGUUGAGGAGCAUAAAGAUUGGAUUUCUAAGGUAUUCCAAUUCCAAUGGCACAGAGUUCCCACAGCGCUGUCUUGAGUCUUCUGUGUACAGAGGAUAGCGGUAGCAUAUUCUGCGAUGAAGUUGACGGCGUGGGGAAUGAGUUCUUGGAGGAUGGGUUUUGGGAUAAAUGGAUUCAUAAGAAUCAUCGGAACGAUCUGUGGGAGAGUUUGACUUGUCUGCCUGUACAUAGUGAGGAGUGUUUGGUUUCGAUGAUUCACAGGGAGAGUGAGCACUUGCCUGCUCGUGAUUAUUUGACAAGAUUAAGGAGUGGGGACUUGAUUAUUGAGGCUAGAGUUCAGGCUCUUGAUUGGAUCUUUAAGGCUCAUGCACAUUUCAAUUUUGGACCUCUGUGUGCAUAUUUGGCUGUGAAUUACUUUGAUCGGUUUCUUUCGGCCUACGAGUUACCUAAGGGCAAGGAGUGGACAAUGCGGUUGCUAGCCAUAGCUUGUCUGUCUCUUGCGGCUAAAAUGGAUGAGGGUGGAGUCCCGUCGUGUUUAGAUCUGCAGGUAGGGGAUGAUAAGUUUGUGUUUGAUGCUAAAGCCGUCAAGAGAAUGGAACUUCUUGUGUUGAGCACGCUGAAUUGGAGAAUGCGAUCUGUCACUCCAUUCUCGUUCAUAGACUGUUUCUUUAAGAAGAUAAAUGGCGACCGGGAUGCUUCAAGAUUUUCAAUCGGGAAAUCUUUACAACUCGUACAAAGCAUGCUUAAAGGAAUUUACUUCUUGGAGUUCAGGCCAUCUGAGAUAGCAGCAGCAGUGGUGAUCUCUGUUGCGGUGGAAACCGAGGGAGUAGACAUCGAGAAAGUGUUAUCUGCUCUCACUCCUUAUGUACAAAAGGAUAGAGUGAUCUACUGUUUGAAAAUCAUGGAACUACCUCUGCUAAGUAGCUAUGGCGACUAUCCGGGGACUUCAAUUCCUUUUGUGCCUCAAAGUCCAAUUGGCGUUCUUGAUGCUGCGUGUUUGAGUUAUAAAACUGAUGAUUCGGGUGUUAAGAGAAGGAAGCUAAAUGGACCCCGUGAAAUAUAACACAUGAUUUUGCAUCGAUAUAAACCUACCCUCUUUUGUUGAAUUUGAACUUUGGCAUGGUUUUAAAGUGUAAUCUCAGAAGAACUUCACAGAGGAUAAAAGGCAAUGAAGAGAAUAUGGCGGUAAAGAAGGCGUUUUUGGUACUUGGUUCAUUGGUGGUUGCAUUAUUGAAGAGAAUUAUCAUGAAGUAGCUGAUAUACAAUAAACUUUGAAGCUUUUGAAGGCAAAAAGGUCCAGUGAAAAUGGGAGAAAAUGCAGGAGAAUAAUAUAAUUUUCUUUUCUGAGUUUCUGAAAUUUCAGGUAUGUAUUACUUGUAAGGUUUCUAUCACAACCAAUAAAAUAGAAAUAAAUCCAAAAACAGAAGGAAGAUGUUAAAUUGUUUGAGAAUAAAAGAUGUUUACUGAAAA